CAGAAACCCAUCUUUCAUAUCGCAAUACGUACACGUACAUACAGAAAAGGCAGAAAGAGAACGCGCGACGUGACAACACCUUCUCUUUGCCAUGGCGACUUUAGUCUUGAUUAAUUUCGCAAAAAUUACUCUGCCUUAAUACUGGAUAUUUGAUAAUUCGACGGCUUGACACCGAUUUCACAUCAUCACAUGCUUAACUAGGCCAGCGCGCGAUAACUUUUUUUUUUCGCAAACACCAGGAUGCACUCCCAUCACCUAGAGACACAUCUCGACCCUCCUGGUAAUUUCUAUUCUCAGUAUCUCAAAGGAGCUUUAUUCGAUCGAUUACAACAACCUAGUGUUAUUGUUCCUUUGCUACUUCUUCUCUUUUCUAUCAUCUAUCAGUCUCUACAUUCUUCUCCCUUUUCCAGACCUCGACAUCCUGGAGAACUUCUUAGGCACUUUUUUAUAGUCAUCAUUCCCUCGAACAUACUCUAUGCUCUCGAUAACUGGCUCCAUCCGCCCUCCUUCCCGAUCCCGGAAUCUUUGCGACCGGCCCGAUCUCGAUCAUACACUGCUAAGAGCGAACUGCUUAGAAGAAUACUGGGGAUGGAUGGGACGGGCGGCAUCAUCACAUCUGUUGCCGAUGCUGGUAGAAGAAGUCUUUCUAGUUUAUCCAACAGCACCCUCAUCAAGCACAAAACCGAUCAACCUCCCGGCUUAGGAAAUUACGACAACUCCUGCUUUCAGAACAGCAUCCUCCAGGGACUAUCGUCGCUGAAGCCAUUUCCGUCUUACCUUGCCAGGGGCUUAGAGCAGGACAAUUCCGAGAGCGGGGAAGAAUCAGGCUCAGCAACUUCCUUGCGGGACCUCAUAUCAAAGUUGACGGAUGCCAGUUAUAAUGGAAAGACCUUGUGGACACCGAAGAAGCUAAAAUCUUUAGAUACUUGGCAGCAGCAAGAUGCGCAAGAAUACUUCUCCAAAAUACUAGACGAGGUCGAAAAAGAAAUGUCGAAGGCGACAAAACCUAAACGCCGUUCAUCCGGGUUUGAAUUGGUAAGCAUAAGAGACGAUACCGAAGACAGUCAACAUAGUGACGAUAGCGGUUACCAGUCACUACCGGUACUCUCUAAAGCGGUGUCGGAUGCGAGAAUUUUGAGGAAUCCCCUUGAAGGUUUAGUAGCGCAAAGAGUCGCAUGCGUUCUAUGCGGUCAUUCAGAUGGGCUUUCUAUGAUCCCAUUCAACUGUCUAACUCUUAGUCUUGGGCGCGAGCAAACAGAGCACGAUCUUUUCGAACGAUUAGAUUCAUACACGGAUCUCGAAACCAUCGAGGGGGUUGAGUGCGCCAAGUGUACGCUGCUGAAGCUUCAAAGGCUUCUGAAACUGCUCAUAUCUCGCGGAAAAGAAAACAACAAAGCCGAAGAUGAACUACGGGGGCCUAUUUCACGACUAGAGGCCGUAGAGCUUGCUCUUGAAGAAGACGACUUCGGAGAGACAGCCGUAAGAGAUAAGUGCCAGGUACAGAAGCGAGUCAGCUCUGCCAAAACCAAACAAGUCGCCAUAGCACGACCACCUCAAAGCCUUGCAAUCCAUAUGAAUCGGUCAGUAUUUGACGAGAGCACGGGACGUAUGUUCAAGAACCUCGCUGCGGUACGCUUUCCGAAGACCCUCGACCUCGGUCCGUGGUGCAUAGGAAGCGCCGAUGAUGUUGUUAGCUCCGUUGACAGCGACAAGGCCGCUUCUAUCAACACACUAGGCGACGAAGAGCAUUGGGUUACGGAUCCAAUGUCUUCUAUGGUUUCAGGCGAUCUAAAGCCGUCCAAGAUUAGUGGGCCUAUCUAUGAACUACGCGCAGUUAUUACUCAUCAGGGACGGCACGAAAAUGGCCAUUAUAUCUGUUAUCGAAAACAUCCUUGCGAACCGUCGAAGUUUAAUGAUAAUGUCAACCAAGAGACCGAGUCGCUUAAUGAUGCAGAUGAUAUCGACGGAAAUGAUAGUAAUGACGAUCAAGACCCGGACGCGAAAUGGUGGCGAUUGAGUGACGAAAGCGUGUGGGAGGUGGCCGAAGAGACUGUGCUAGCACAGGGUGGAGUUUUCAUGCUUUUCUACGAUUGCGUCGACCCACACCCGGUUCUUGUUCCUACAAUUCGACACGAAACGAAGUUAAACAACGAUACCACAAGCUUUCUUAACGAAGGGAACAAGGUCGAUAAUUUAAAAACGACUAGUACGGAAGGAGGGCUGAUAAAUAUUUCAUCUGAGAACAAUGAACAAUUUGGUAAUACGACAACCCUCGAACAGCUUCAGAGGCAGGUUCAGGCAGCGGCCGUACCAGACGACAACGCUAGCCAGAUGAGCGAUGUUGCCGGUGAAAUAGAGGCUGCUAAUACCCAAUUACAGAAGAGGGAGAUUAUAUGGUCAAGCCUUACACCUCCCCUUGCGGAUGGGGAGAUGGUGGAUUCUAUUAUUCCACUUCAUCGUCCUAAUCGUUGAUUACAAGUAGAAAUGAUGAAAGGGGCUCCUUACCUAGGCGUCCAGGUUAUCUUCUUGCAACGGUUGAAUUGCAAUUGGGACAGUUGGAUGUAUUAUAAGGGUUUGCUUCUUUGCAUGGCCACGGCGUACGGAGGGAUUGAUGGGGUUCAGUUUUAUCUAGGUAUGUAGAUAUGUACAUCUACAACCUAUCCCAUGAAUGGACAUAUUUAAAUAUACGUGCACUCCUAGUAGCAUCUAUUCAGAGUGACAUAUGCCAGCUUCUAGAACUGGUUAUUAGUAAUAUAGAUGAUUAC